CUCGCCGCGUUCUUAGCUAUACUUGGCAUUCGUUUUGCUCUGCGAUUCCUAUAUCGGAUUCGUCCAGCUCAAGGACGAGUUACUUGGUGACAUUCAGACGAUCCUCAGGAAUUCCAUUUGGUUAUGGUGACUUCUUAUUUUGUUCUUUUAAUGAUAUCGGUGAGUGCCCCGAUGUUUAACGUCGUACGGUUUUUUGUGUCCGCGAGAAAGGAUCUGGAGGAGAGCGAGCUCUCGAGCAAGUGGUGGGCCAGCGCGCCCCGCCGCCCUGACAGCCCCUGCGUCCUGGGGGCUCCAACGUCUAGGGAGGCGGCGGGACCGCCGGUACAGCUUGAACCAGUCGAUCUGUCCGUGAAGACUCCCGUGGUACUCCAAGUACCAAGAUACAGUCCAGCAGGGAAUAUCGCAGCAGCCCGGAGGAUCCCUUCGCCUUCAACGACACCAACGCCACCACCAGUCUGCGCGUCAACCGUGUCACCAUCAUUGUCAGUGAGAGAUGCCGUCAGGGAAAGGGAUCAGGAGCGCGAGAGGGAUACACAGAGGGAACGAGAGCGGGAGAGAGAAAGAGAAAGAAUACGUGACAGAGAAUCUGAACGAGAGAGGGGACGACAACAGGAAGGAGAUACGGGAAGAGAACGUGAGAGAGAGACACGGGAACGGGAACGGGAACGGGAACGGGAGCGUGGAAGACAACGAGACAGGGAUUGGGACAGGGAACGCGAGGUUUCCGUAUGUAUGAUGGAACCGCCAGAUCCUGUAUUCGUCUCCUCGUCGGCAGCACUUCUGGCGUUGCAGAGGAUAAAGGAAGCUUCUUUAGUAUUUCACAAGCGGCCUGUCUUGGCAGCAGGCAUAGGAAUUGGCGGCAGAGGCAAUGGCGGUGUUAGUGGAAAUGGCAGUCUUGGAGUUGACAGUGAGUGUGGAGAUGCACUGAAAAGACGUAAAGUUCAUCGAUGCGACGUGGCGGGUUGCGACAAGGUCUACACGAAGAGUUCGCAUUUGAAAGCUCAUAAAAGAACUCACACGGGAGAGAAACCUUACCAGUGCACGUGGGAAGGGUGCACGUGGAAGUUCGCACGGUCGGAUGAACUCACGCGACAUUAUCGCAAACACACGGGACAAAAGCCGUUCAAGUGCCAUCUUUGUCAACGAUCUUUCUCGCGAAGCGACCACCUAUCUCUUCAUAUGAAGAGGCACUGAUGAACCGCCCCUGGUCAAAAGUUCACUGAUCCUAGGACAAGAUGACGAUUACAUUCGGGACCUGAAGAACUUCUCCUUGGCAGACGGUAUACGGAAUGGCGUAACAGCGCCGUGUCCUUCGGCUGUCACGAGGAGGAGGGCGAAACUAGGAAAAACGUUCACUAGAUUAUAGAGCUUAAUAAGAGAAAAUGAUAGUUGAAUGAUUAUAUAUGAUAUAAUCGUGUGAAGCUGUCAACGCUGUGUUUUUAAAUUUUAAGAAAUUUUUGCGAGUUCGUUUGUUCGACGAUGCAAGCUCGCUGGCGGCUAACCGAGACAGUUCGGAAAAGACACGUGCGGAUGAGUCAGGGAAAAUAAGAGAAUUUUUGAUAAAUUUAUCAUUUUAGGUUUCUUUUCUCAUCGAAUCCUACGGAAACGCCAUUCGGGCUAUUUGCGAUUUCGGUAAUCUCGCUGAUUUCCGUGAUUCGCCUUUGACAUCUGUUUCAAAAUGGUAAAAUCAAUAGAAUACGUUUGUGGAAUCUCAUUUCCGUAGAAAUAUAAAAUUUCGUACACUUGUAUCGGCUGCAAAUGUCCUUACGUUGUUCUGAACUGGAUGACAAGCGGAUCUCGACAUGAGAGAUCGAAUUCCUGGGGACAAGAAUUGCCAGUCGUAUAAUAAUUUCGAUUCUUUAAUUGAAAUUUUGGAUAUUUAUAUAUAUUGAUCACUGAACUAAAUUGUUGUGCGAUUAGGAAAUGAUUUUUUUAUAAUACGAAAUGUUUAAACGUCUUUGUUAAGACUGGCAAUUUGGUGAUCAUAUUCCAGGUUUUUCUCGAAGUUUCGGAUAGAAAAAUACUCAUAAUGUUUGUAAAAGUAACAAAUUUUUAAUCUGCUAGACAAGCAAAAAUCGCUGCAGGUUCAGCAUGACACGAAUGAGAGAAAAGCAUUAUUUCUGUUUCUAGCCAAUUUUUAAUUGUUUUAAAUUGCAGUUUAUUUAAUACGUUUGAAUAAGGCCAGCUCAACUAGUCUAGAGCAUCGUUAAUACCUUUCGUCAAAAAUAGAGCCAGUAAAGUAAUACAUUAAGGUAAUUAUCGAGUAAUAGAUAAUAAAGAGAAUAUUAAACUCCGGUGACGGAGCUUGGGACUUAGCAUGCUCAGUUAAAUGAAUACAAUCGUGAUCAUAAGCAAUUAUAAACGAUUAGCGCUAAUACGAAAGGCACAAAGAAUUUCGCGUUUAGGGAAGGACAAUCAUCGACGAUUUACUAAGAAAUUGAAGAAAGAAAGGAAAAACUCUAAAAAGCCAGUAUUACAGAAAUACAUUCAAUUGCAACACAAUAAAAUAAUACGAAGAUAAAUUACGGAAAAAGAAAGUACGAUAGAUCGUCGUGCCACUUUAAAAGAAAAAAGAUUCUUCAUUUUGUCGCGUGGCAACAAUGUUUGAUCAUGUAAUUCGAAUCGAUCAGAAGGAAGCAAUACGCGCUCAGCGUCGAACUAAAAUAAUGCCAGUUUAUGGACAGUAUAUCUUACUCUAUAUAAUAGUAAUAAUAAUAUUUUGCAAAAGGUGCUAAAGUAGAAAGUGUCACGUGACAAUUGUACGCAUACAGUGCUCUCGUUGCUAUCAAAGGGGCUUAUUCACAUUUUACUUUGGCAUCAAAAAUUCCACGUUAGCUCAAAACGUAUACGCCUAAGCAAUUGACGUGCUCGUCAGAAAAUCCAGCAUAAUAUCAAAACACGCAUGACUUUUUGUUCCGUGUAAGCUUGAAUUGUUGUCGUUAACAGUAAAGUGACUGUACAUAUAUGACCGAUGCCGAAUUUUCAUUGAGCUUGCAGAUCGGAUGGUAUUCUUAAAUCGCGAAGCCGAUAUCUUCGAACAUUCAUCACCACGUACAUCAAGUACAAGUUUAAUUUGAAAACAAAAACUUGGUUCAAUAUCUUGUACAUGAUAAAUCACUGUAAAAGUAAAUACAGAUGAUACGUGACAGAUCCUUGUGACUUAAGAGCAUAAUAACUCCGAUGCUACCGUCAGGGAUGCCAGAACUGUAUUUGCGAGAGCAGGGCUGGUCAUUUUGGUUGACUCUUCAGUUAUGAAAUUCCACGGUGUUCCGUAACUGGUUGCCGUGAAACUCCAUAAUUGGAAGAAUAAAAAAUUGCCGACCCUGUGUGAGAGUAUAAAAAAAAAAAACGAAUGCAUUAAUUCAUGCUUGCAUCACCUUGUAAGUAUUUUGGCAGGAUCGCAAAAGUACGCGACAUUCUUCGUAGAUAGAUUAAAUGUUAGAAUUCAUUUAGCUUGUAUAUCGUUCUUCCUUUUGCAUUGUUACACAACCGACGACUCGUCGACAAAUCGCAACGAUGCAAACUCCGUUAACGGGAAACACGUUUGGAUUUCUUGGCGCUCCUCUACUUUUCAACAAUGCAUAAGUAAUACGCGACUAAAGUUAGUCAAACUUGGAAACAAUGGAACAAGAUGCCAGUAUAUGCUAGAGCCAGUUUAUCAUAAACCUCUACGUAUAAGAUUAAUAGGAAGCAAUAAUAAAUUAACACUGUUAUACGUCGUAUCUCUAUAAGGAAUAAAAAAAGAAUAGUGCCUUCUAAGGUUAAGAACGAAAACAUUGUGUUAGACCUUAAGUCUCUUUAGUGCCUUAAGUCAUGCGAACACUCAUGUUUAUUCGUUUACCUAUAUGCAAUAGAAAUUAUGUUUCAAUUACACCCACGGGUUUUCUCUGUAUCAUCACAGGUUCAUAAAACUUAUCGCAUCGUCACAUCGUCCCACAGUUAGCGAGAAUUUUCGAAAAUACAUAUAGUAUAUCAAACUGGAAAAAUCAUUGCUCCGUCAUUUACGUUCUUCAGCUGUUCGACAAUAAGCAGUGUCAUUUUUUGUCAUCUUUAUUUUUUGGAAGAAAGGGCCGCGGGGAUAAAAAUCUUCUUGAUUCUUAUCUCAAACGUCAAUAACACGGAUGAAUUAUUAGAAUGAUCUCACGUUUCGUGCUUCUCUCACGAGAGCCCGAUUCUUGUGUAUUUCACGUAGCCUUAUCCAGACGCGUAUUAAUAAUUUUUCAUAUCUUUGGCAUUGUGAAAUUCAAUCCGAAAAUGGAUGUCUUGCCACCCAAGAGGCCGUUUACGCUCUUGAUCACUGAUACCGUUGUAACUUCCUUGUAAGGAACUUCUUUAACACUCAGGCGUCAGUAAUCUGAGAGCUUAUAGUGCAAGCGAUGAAUGAUGUUACUUGAUGUUAAGUCGUCAUCUCUGAAUGCCACUAUUUUUUUAUGUUUCAUACAUGUUACGAUUUUUAAUGGAUUGUCAAAAGUUUCUAACAUACUGUUAGAAAAAGGAAUCAGCUCAAAUUCUAUGUGACUGUAUAAAAUUCAAUUUCGCUUUAUAAUAAGCAUUAUUUGAAAAUUCAUAAGAGAUUGAUAAUUAAAUGUCGAAUCAUUCUAUUAAUAAACUUAUCAAUAAUAUUGAUAGCGUGCAUAAAUACAUAUAUGUUUAUCUAUUCGUUUGGUAAUGCUUAGCAAAAUUAAAAUUCACUGAUAGAUUCCUGAUGGGAUGAUUUCUGAAUUAAUAAAUCGACAUAGAUUGUAGAAAUUAGUACCAGAAAUACUUGGUAAUCUUUGCAUUCACUUUUCAUACUGUCCAAGUCUUUACUCGUAUCGACGCUUUUUCUCGUUUUGAAAAUUCAAGGCUGAGCAACAUUUCGAAUCUUUGUACAUCCGUUUUGACAGAAAUCUUCGGAAUAUCACACGAAACCCAAUAAUUUCUCGCUUAUUUCUUAUGGUAAUACCAAUCUAUUGAAUUUCCCAUAGAUGGAGAUCCAUGAAUGGAUAGGAAGUAGGUAAAGGAGUUUCAACUGAAUGCAAACGGUUUUCUUCGAAGGCCCCACCUAGGAAAAUUAGCAUUUGAAGUGCCUUAAGAGACGAUAACAGACAACUGACUAAUCGAGGUUACACAGUCAAUUCAAAAUCACAGCGGCAAUCAAACGGCGCGCUCGACUCACCAACAUACUCUUAUUUGGAUUCUCGAACGUCCUGCUUAUCGGAAAAAUUAUUUUCACCUCAGUACACGACUCUGGCAGUCGCAAAAGUACCCCAGGUUAAGGAACGAUUCAUUUUGACGACUUUUCCAGAAACGAGAAUUUGCUGUAACAAGAUGUAUUCUACAUUAUACAAUAAAAUCAGAGGACAAAAUUACAUUCUUCACUUAUCAUAUAUUCUUUUUUUUUUUUCGUUCAGUAGUACAUCCUUCCGUUUCACAUAGCAAGACAGUAGCUCGUAUCGAACCUAAAGAUUCUCUGUAAUACAUCGUUUGUCACUGCUACUGCUGCUUGAUUGCGCAAUGAUAAUACAGAUACCUGAAUUCGUUGUAGAAUUCGCUGAAAGUUAACAACGAUGAUCUUGUAACCCUCUCGAAUAAACUACAGUGCCGCCUAGGAAUAUAAUGUAAUAAAACUUAGACAAGUAUUAGGGCCAGUACGUACACCAAUAAUAUCUACAUAUAGACGUAGUUUAAUUGCAAUCACGCUCACUGCUCAAAUCUUUCUGGUGCUUUCAUAUUGAAACGAAUACGUGUAAAAAAAGAAGAAAGAAAAAAAAAAUAAAGAAAUGAUUAUACGGACAAUACUUGCGGAAUCGAUUAGAACGAAGUACGUAGCGACAUGGUGCGAUUCGUAGGACAAAAUUGACUCGGAGAGAGGCACGUUGCGUUGUACUCAGCAAUUCUUUCUCUACUAGCGAAUUAAUGAAAAAAAUAAAACGAAUAAAAAACAAGUAGCGGGUUAGGAUAUAGAGACAGAAGUUCACGUAAAACCUAAGUGAAACUAUUAGAUGCGUAAGUCGCGUAGAACGAUAAUUGUAAAUACUUUGUAAAAUUGACCGUUGUCGUAAACGGAUUGUUAGCGGAUUAUUUCAUUAUAAUUUUCUUAACCGUAACCAAUGGGGGCCAGUAAUUCUCUCUCGGAUCUCGCACGGAUUUAUACACUACGAGGCGCGCGGCUAUAGCCAUUAGAUUAUUCCUUAUCGAUCAUCACUUUCCUUUGGUACAUAAUAUCUCUAGGAUAUGCAUUAAUGAGCUUGAUAGAAAAAUUAAAUGACUUAGUUACUGUCAUUUUGUCAAACAAUACAGUACUAUUUAUAUUAUUUUUUUAAUUCUUUCUUUAAGAUCGACGAAUGUAAAAAAAAAUGGAAAGCAGAUGAAUCGAAUCGUGUAAUCGAUACAGAAUGAAAUUUUACCUGUAACUGAUAACAGAUUCUAUGUGGAUGACGAGUACUGGAUUUAUGUAAGGCGUAUCGACCCGCGCGCCACUAACUAUUAACUGUUAAGAUUUCUAUAUUGUAUAUGUUGUGUAGGCUUAAUAAUGUAAAACGAUAAUAUAUUGUGACUCACUGUAUAAACAAAGGCAUUACAUUAACUUUUAACUUUUAUUAUUGUAAUUGCGCCGCUUUAAAAUGUUUGCUACUCUAUUAUGCGCAUCGCAUGGGGACGCAGAUUCGUUAACGUUUACAGGAUAUUAUAGUUUAUCAAGAUGUGACUCCAAUCACAUUUAAAAUACGUCGUUAUCGUUAGUCGUCCUUUAUUUGAAUAAUUUAUUUAUUGCAACGACGAAGAAAAAUUAUAUAUAUAUAUAUAGAUGGGCGUAUCGUGCGGAUAUAGUGAAAAUACAUCUAUAUAUAAAUAUAUUAUUGCAUAAAAAUUAUAUUUAUAUAUAUAUAUAUAUAUAUACAUUGCGCGAGAUAUGUCCCAAGGCAUUUUUUUUACCAGAGUCCUAAUCGCGUUACAUGAAUUUUAGGUAUACACGUAUAUGCAUAUACAUUUCAACAUUCGAUCAAGAUUUUUAUGGGGAGCUAAACUAUAAAUAUUGUAUCGCACGGUUUGGACAUACCUGAUAUCGACAAAAGCAUUACGUGAAAAAGCAUUGGCUCGUAAAUAAGUAAGUAAUCGUGUACAUAUGUCGAAGUAUCGCGUGUAGCACAUUACACCUAUCCAAUAGUCCAUAGUCGUAUUAUUAUUGAGAUGACGGUUACAUAUUUUAGAUAUUACUAGUAUUGAUUACGAUUAUUAUUAUUAUUAUUUUAUUAUUAUUGAUUAUUAUUGUAUUUGGCAGGGUUAUGACAUUAAAUUUCAGAAAACUGA